AUCCCUUAUGCAUCCAUCCACCCCUCCCCCAAGCCCAAACGCAGUAACCAUCCAAAAUGAAAGAAAUCAUCAAUCUCCCCGGCCCCAGCACCAAGCUGAUCGACUCCCCCAUCCCGGACAUCAACGACGACCAAGUCCUCAUCAAAGUCGUGGUAUCCGGCUCUAACCCCAAGGACUGGAAAGUGCCCGAGUUGGCGGUUAACCAGGACAGUGCGUUUUUUCAGCGGUAUGCGCGGGUCCGCCAGGGAGUGAAUCAGGGGGAUGAUAUUGCGGGGGUGGUUGUUAAGACGGGGAAGAAUGUUGUCGAGUUUAAGGAAGGUGACCGUGUCGCCGCAUUCCAUGAAAUGUUAGCCCCGGGGGGCUCGUACGCCGAGUAUGCGGUGGCGUGGGCACAUACGACGUUUCAUCUGCCCGCGGAGGUUUCGUUUGAGG